AUGGCUCGCAAGGACGAUGUCUCACAUUGGCAGCUGCGGUCCCUCAUAAGUGCCGAAAACAAACACAACCUCUUUUAUCCCGGUGGAGUUGGAAGCCGCCAGAUCCAGCGGCUCAACACCCUAGCUCGCAGCUGCGAAACGAUCAAGCACCUUACAUUUGCGCCGCGGUGUUUGGUCGCUGAAAAUGGUUGGCUGUGCUGCGGAAGCGAGACGGGCGAGUUUGUGGCCAUAAGGCUUGAGGGAGAAGGAGGUGGUGCCAUCGAAAACCCCCAGGACACAGCUGCUAGCUCAGAUUCUGAUACUGGGCCUUCUCCGGGCAACGAGAGCUCCACGACCUCGCCCGAUGAAGCUGCGCUCAAUAUGCUUACCGCUGCUGCUCAACAAUCAGCCAAGGUGACGGCAAAGAGCAUGAAGCUUGCUAAGGAGCGGGUCAAUUGCAUCACCCUCUGGUUUCCUCCUCCCGGCGGGCAAGGUUUGCCCAUUGGUGCCCGUGCUUACACGGAGCCCGUGGCAGUUCUCGCCAACAAUGAUCGAACCGUGACGCUGGUCAGCCUGGUUGACUUUGAGCAAAAAGAGCUUACCGAACCCCUGGACGUUGUCCGCUACCCCGACUUCGUCAACAGGGCCAUCAUAUCACCUGACGGGCGACUCCUGGUCGCCAUCUUGGAUGACCCGUAUCUAUACGUCCACCAGCGAGUUGGAGCCUUCCCGGGCAAGUGGGAACUCAAGCAGAGGAUCCUUCUCAAAAGCCAGAAAAAGGACGACAAGACGGAUAGCCGUGGGAGUUUCGCGGCGUCCUUUUCUUCGUCUGGCGGCUACCUCGCCAUUGGAACUCAGCACGGCACCAUUUCGAUAUUCAACGCCACGCAGUUGACCGACGAGACGGUUGACCCACUCAUCACGACUUUCCAGUCUUCGCGGCCCAACAGCGGACCAGGAGCCAUUCGAGACAUGGCUUUCUGCCCGGGACCGUAUGAUCUUUUGGCGUGGACCGAGGAUCGCGGCCGCAUUGGCAUCGCCGACGUAAGACACAACUUCAUGGUUCGGCAGAUUAUUGAUCUCAACAAAGAGUCUGAGUAUGAGCAUAUCAAUAUAUUUGAUACCCAGACCAUUGACCCUCGAUUGCUGGAAACGCGCAUGACGAGGGGGGAGCCCUUGAACCCUCCUAUUUCAGCGGCCAAUUUCUUCAGCGCUGGGAUGCUUCACCAGCCACUGACGCCAGCCGAGACUAGAGUUCUUGAAGCCAUUCAGAGCGAGCGUCGGCGCCGAGAGAGGCCAAACGCUCAACCCGGCGACGAGCGAGGCAACGGAGGAUCCGCGGCUGCGACGGGCUGGAUAGGAGGAACCGGUGCCACACCCAUGGCAACAUCUUCCUUCACCACCCGAGCCCGUGGAAGCACGGUUCAGACUCCCAACGACUUGCUCAAUCUCUACAGAGACCAUCGGGAACGGGCCCAAGAGCGCGUGCGAAAUGCCCGCCAGCUUAUGCGUGAAACUAGCCAAGGCGGUGGCGGCCGGGCUGAACAGCGGUGGAUCGAUCGUAUCAACGAAACCAUGGCUGCCCUGCGGGACCAACGAGACAGGCAAGACUCGUCGUAUCUUUCCGUUCUGGAGAUUCUUCAGGCUCGGGAACGACCCCCGGCAGACGCCAGCACUUCUGAAGAACGCCCGACUCUUCCCCCUCAGGCGGCCAGUCGCUGGGAGGAGAGGGAGAGCGCCGUACGAGGGACGCUGGCGCCAGACCACGGUGUCUUUGAGGUUCCUCCCUCACCGGACAACACAUCGGGGCUCUCGUGGAGCCAGGACGGCACCGUACUGUAA